AAAAAAACUGCUUUAUAAAAUGCCCUUCAAUUAAUUGCACCUACUUUCAUUUCAACGUUGACCGCUAAAAUUUUCUCUACAGAACUAUCAGGCACUCCCCACGCCUUCAACAGCCCUCCAAUGGCGGUCGCUGCCCACAACUCCCUUAUUCUCAACAAACCCCUAAUCUCUCAAACACAUUCUCUCAGAUCCACCCUCAGACCCAUCUCCGCCGUCCACUCCCCGGAUCCCACCAACCCCAAAACCCCCAUUGCCCCCGCCGCCGCCGUCUCCACGUCCUCCGCCUCCUCCGUCUCCUCCGUCGCUGUGCAGACCAAGCCGAGAUGGACGCUGGACAGCUGGAAGUCGAAGAAGGCGCUGCAGCUGCCGGAUUACCCGAAUCAAGACAACCUGGAGUCGGUUCUCAAAACUCUCGACGCUUUCCCGCCGAUUGUGUUCGCCGGUGAAGCUCGGAGCCUGGAGGAGCGGCUGGGCGAGGCCGCCAUGGGGAAUGCUUUCCUCCUUCAGGGCGGGGAUUGUGCCGAGAGCUUCAAGGAGUUCAAUGCUAACAAUAUAAGGGACACCUUCAGGAUCCUUCUCCAGAUGGGCGCUGUUUUGAUGUUUGGUGGCCAGAUGCCUGUUAUCAAGGUGGGAAGAAUGGCGGGCCAGUUUGCAAAGCCUAGGUCAGAUUCAUUUGAGGAAAAAGGCGGCGUGAAGCUGCCGAGUUACAGGGGAGACAACAUUAAUGGAGAUGCCUUUGAUGAAAAGUCAAGGAUUCCUGAUCCUGAUAGGAUGAUUAGGGCAUAUUGUCAAUCGGCCACUACUCUGAAUCUCUUGAGGGCGUUUGCCACUGGUGGAUAUGCCGCCAUGCAGAGGGUCACACAGUGGAAUUUAGAUUUCACAGAUAACAGUGAGCAGGGUGAUAGAUGGUGGCUGACCCGAGCUGGCUGAAUCAGAGGAAGAGCUUUCCAUUCUCAGUGUAAAAGAAGAACAAGAUACGAGAAGAACAAAAGAUAGAUGAAAUGUAAGCUGAAAAUGAAAAACUCAGAUCUGGAGCCAAUGAUGAUGAAAGAGACAGUGGACGAGGCACUAGGUUUCAUGCAAGCGGCCGGGUUCACAAUGGACCAUCCCGUAAUGAAAACCACUGAAUUCUGGACGUCUCACGAGUGCUUGCUCUUGCCUUACGAGCAAUCCCUCACACGUCUCGACUCCACCUCGGGCCUUCACUAUGACUGCUCGGCCCAUUUUCUCUGGGUCGGUGAGAGAACCAGACAGCUAGAUGGGGCCCACGUCGAGUUCCUCAGGGGCAUUGCUAACCCGCUUGGCAUCAAGGUGAGUGAUAAGAUGGAUCCGAAUGAGCUCGUGAAGCUUAUCGAGAUUCUGAAUCCUCACAACAAACCAGGAAGGAUAACGAUCAUCACGAGAAUGGGGGCCGAGAACAUGAGGGUGAAACUUCCUCAUUUGAUCAGGUCCGUUCGUCGGGCAGGGCAUAUUGUGACAUGGGUUUCGGAUCCUAUGCAUGGCAACACCAUCAAAGCUCCCUGUGGUUUGAAAACUCGCCCUUUUGACUCUAUCAGGGCUGAGGUAAGAGCUUUCUUUGACGUCCACGAGCAAGAACGAAGCCACCCAGGCGGAGUGCAUUUGGAGAUGACGGGCCAAAAUGUCACAGAGUGCAUAGGAGGAUCAAGAAACCUAACGUUUGACGACUUAAGCUCGAGAUACCACACCCAUUGUGACCCUAGGCUCAAUGCCUCCCAAUCCCUUGAGCUCGCAUUUAUUAUUGCUGAGCGACUUAGGAAGAGGAGGCUCGGCCGCAAUUAG